AUGGAAGCAUCUGUUUCCGGACUAUAUCAUAGCUCUGACUUCUACAACGUUGUUAAGAGCCUGCUCCGUAAGCUCCUAUUCGCCCUGCAUCCGCAGAUUGAACAAGAUCGACACUGCCCACCUGACUUUGGACAGCUCAAAAUGCGAGUCUGGAUUCUGAUGCUCGACAGUGCUAAGAAGUCAGCUUUCUACACCGUCUUACAGAUCGUCAACCAGAUUCUUCUUUGGAUCGAACUUGAGAUGUUUGCGCCGCCGACAUCAGAACAUAUGGGUGAGUUGGUGUCCAAGGCCAGCACGAACGCACUCCAGCAUAUGGAGAGCACCUUCGGCUCCGCGACGUCAACCUCGUGUGGCCGGAAAGUCGACAUGAGUGUCCGCAUCCGCUUCAAGUCGUCUACGGCCAGCUCAGAGAUAUGCCGCAAGCAGCAGAAGAAGUCUGUGCGCCUAAAUGCCGCCAUCAUGCUUGAGCUUGAGUCAUGUGACCUGAACAUCAAUCAUUCCUACCCGAUCAUUGCAGAGGGCCAAGCCCUAGAACUCAACUUCUACACCCUACGGCGAUAUGGCAUUGUCCUGGGCGCCGGCAAGGCAUCAACAAAAGUAGCGUUGCAUUCGCAGGUGGAGCACCUGAAGGCGUUCUUUGGGCCCGACGUGAUCUUCAUACUACUAGCUUUUAAAGAGGCCUUUCAAGUCCAAAUUGUAAUAUAG